AUGGAUAAACCACUACAGCAAGACGACAAACAACAACCACCUGUUACUAGGAGUAAGAGCGCUUCUGCGACGAAAACUUUCACUAAAACGAAAGAUGUCCCGGUAGUGAAAGUAAUUUCCUCCAAUGUUAGACUUAUCACGGCGCCUAAAAAACAAAACUCUAUCGCGAGUGGAAGCUCGGAAUCUUUGCAAAGCAGUGGUAGCACGCCGGUUCGUCUUCCGCGGGUAGUAAAGUCUCACGCCCCGUUGACUAGGAAGCAAUCAAGCCUGUCUAUUGAGGGGUCAUCGGACAGUGAGUCCGCUGUAGUUGGCAGUCAGAGAUUGUCUCAGAAAGGGUCGUCAUGGAUACGCACUAUCGGAAGACGCAAACCUGGAAGCGCGAUGAGAACAUCGACUACGCGCUUGAAACCUUCGCUUAUCUGCUACGAGAAUACCUUUAAAACGGAACCAGACGAGGAAAUCGUGUUUGACUCAUGUAAAGUUCGAAAAGUUCUCGAGGAAACACUUGCGCACUACCUGCACGAUAAAACAUACGACGCGUCCGGCUCCAAAGUCAUGUCAACCAAAAUAAGCGAAUUAAUAAAGCACCGCGUCAAGGACAUGGGGUAUAAUCGGUAUAAAAUCGUGGUGAACGUAUUCAUCGGCGAGUUGAAAGGUCAAGCAUUCCAGUUAGUGAGUCGUAGUAUUUGGAAUUCCAACACGGACUCAUUUUCCAGUGCGAGUUAUAGAAACAAGAAUUUGUUUUCUGUGGCGUUGGUGUAUGGAGUGUAUUUUGAAUGA